AUGGAGGUGGACGACGAAGCGCGAGCAGCAGAGACACCGCAGCAGGGACUGAGCGCGAUGGAGAUGGCAUCCAUCGCGGCGGCCCUGGGCGAGGACGACCCCGCACUCGCACAUCUUGUGGCGGCGGCCCGCGGACUGCAACUGCAGACCCAGCCCGGCGGUGGUGCGAUUCUGGUCGAGGAGCGUGGACGAGGCCAUAUCCUCGAGCAGGCCCAGGCCGAUGGGAGCAGCUUCGUGUGCGACAUGUGCCACGGCAUCGUCGCCACGCGUCGUCGCGUGCCGCACGUCACACAAUGGUGCCCUGCCCUGCCCUCCUCGCCCAUGCAGCGCGACUAG